AUGAAAGCAGAAACAAAAGCAGUGGCAGAAGCAGAAACAGAAACAGAAGCAAUAGUAGAAGCAGAAGCAGAAGCAGAAGCAGAAACAGAAGCAGAAACAAAAGCAGAAACAAAAGCAGUAGCAGAAAGCACGAACGAAGCAAAAGCAGAAGCAGAAGCAGAAGCAGAAGCAGAGGCAGAAGCAGAAGCAGAAGCAGAAGCAGAAAGCACGAAAGAAGCAAAAGCAGAAGCAGAAGCAGAAGCACAAAAGAAGCAAAAGCAGAAGCAGAAAGCACGAAAGAAGCAAAAGCAGAAGCAGAAGCAGAAGCAGAGGCAGAAGCAGAAGCAGAAGCAGAAGCAGAAGCAGAAGCAGAAGCAGAGGCAGAAGCAGAAGCAGAAAAUAGAUACAGAAGCAGAAACAAAAGCAGAAGCAGAAGCAGAAAGCAGAAGCAGAAGACGGCGAGGAAGAGAAGCCCAUAGGCUAUCUCACACUAUGCUUCCACUUCUUGGUUACACAUGUCCGGAGUGUAGGGCGUGGACACGUUACGGGUUCUUCGACUUCAAGCAGCAGAAGCAGAAGCAGAAGCAGAAACAGAACCCUAAGCAGAAAUAG